CUCUCUCUCUCUCUCUCCUACAAAUAGUAACGAUCAUAUCUUCAUUACACGUCUCGAACUUUCCAUCAACGUAGAAGAAAAGUUAUAUUUCUACUACUCCCUGAAGACUCCUUACCCAUGUGGCCGGCCUUUACCAGAAAAAACCAGAAAUAGCUUCCAUUUAACCGGAAAACAGUAGUGACACAGGGAGGCCUAAGAUGCUUUAUCCGAUGCUUCUUUGGUACCUCAGAGAUUCUAAUUCAAUCCCAUAGAGAGGCCCACUUGCAAGGAAACAGAGCUAGACAUGAAUAUGGAGUUGUUGAAGAAUCUAUGGUUUCAUGGUUUUGUGGGUCUUCGAUCACAAGAUGUUCAAGUUAGAUAACAAAGGUGAUAUGGUGCAGAAGGAGAGCAGUAAUGAUUCUGAAACGAGUUCCCCAGAUCUCCGUGCUUUCUUAAACUUAGUUGAUAGAGCACAUAGUCUACAAUUGCUCAAAGAGAAGAAUCAAGGAUUAGAGAAGCCAAUAAGGAACAACUUCAGUGCAUGGCAGCCUUCUUUUGAACCAGAAGACUUCAAUUUACCUCCAAAGAGAGGUUCCACUUCCACUUCCACUGUAGAUCGUCCAAGAACCAGCGCUGCUAUGGUUGAAGGAGGUGGCGGUAGCGGCAGCGGUGGUGAUGAAGGAAAGGAGGAGAAGAGGAUGAAAAAUGGUUUGAAGAGGCCAAGACAUCUUGUUGAUUUGGCUCUACACCAUGUUCCUGAGAAAGGGUUGAAGAAAAGAGAAGAAACUAGUAGCAAGGUUCUUCUUCUAUGUGAUCUUAACAAAGAAGUUGAAUCAUCUGAGGCUGUUAAUGGGAGCUUUGGUUUGAAUCUUGAACUUGGAAUUAAACAUCUGUAACUCAAUAAUGUUGUG